AUAUGUCUAAAUAUAUUAUAUUUUGGUUUAAAUUUCAUUCAAGGUUAGAUUAUAAUUGUGUAUUAGUGAAAGUUUUUAAUUCUCCGUUAACAAUCAUUUUGCCGUGUCAGAAGAUACAGAAUAUGUAUUUGCGUUUUGUCACUUGUUGAAAAACUAAACGAGUAUAACAGUAUGGUUUCGACGCGUGGACCAAAAUUUAAAUUUUGUGAUGGUGAAAAAGUGCUCUGUUAUGAGCCUGAUCCCACGAAAGCUAAAGUGUUGUAUGAUUCUAAGGUCUUAGACGUUAUAAUUAAUAAAGAUCAACGUGGAAGAAAAGCAGUCGAAUAUUUGAUACAUUUUCAAGGAUGGAAUUCUUCAUGGGAUCGAUGUGUAACAGAAGAAUAUGUUCUAAAAGACACGGAAGAAAAUCGUCAACUUCAGAGAGACCUUGCACAAAAAGCUCAACUUCAACUGGGAGCCUACUUAUAUCGCCGAGAACGUAAGAAAAGAAGUCACAAAUUAUCAGAUCGUCUAAACGAAUCAGAAAAUCAAGAACCAAGACGGAGAGCACGAAGUGGUGGCAGUAGAGCUACUUCGGCUACUACUGGAUCUUCUGAAGAUGGUAGUUCUGGGCAACAGGCUGAUUAUGACACAGAGGAAGUUAUUACAGAAGAAGAUAGUGAGAGUAGUUCAGACUAUGUUGGUGAAAGUAGCGAUGAUGAAGGCAGUGGUGGAGGAAGUCAGUCUGGUGCAAGUGUUAAACCAGGAGUUGAUCUUGAUAUAGGUACCACCCUGAAAAGAAUUUUGGAUUUAGAUCAUGAUUUAAUUACUAGUAAAAAUAAGUUGGCUGUAUUACCUGCACAACCAACUGUUUCAAACAUUCUGGAAUCAUGGGUUCAGCAUUUUACUACAACUCAAUUAACAAAUAUUCCAGACAAGCCACAAAGAAAUAAAGCAAAUAAUUCCAUAGAAAAAACAAUAAAUGAAGUAAAUAUAUGCAGAGAAAUAGCAGAUGGAUUACGUAUAUAUUUCGACUUCACAUUACAUGAUCUUUUACUGUACAGACAAGAAAGGGAACAAUAUUGUACCUUGAAAUCUUCCUUUUUAUAUGCAGAACAGGCACAAAUGAUAAAAGAGGAAUCAAUUGAAAAUGCAGAGAUUUCAAUCAAAGAAGAAUUUGAAGAUACCGAAUAUGCUCAUUUGCCACCAUUUCAAGAACAUGAACAAGACAUGGAGUCUACUUCCAAAAAUACAAUAAAUUCUAAACGAAGAUUAAGAUCAUAUAGAGUAGGUUCUAUCGACGAAAAUAGACAAUUACGAUCUUUUGACGAUCUUAAAACGGAUCCAGGAAAUUUAUCAAGCAUAGCAAGUACAAGCUCCAGAUGUUCUAGUCCACGUGGUGUAACAUUGAGAAUGCCUAUUAUUACCUCUGCACAAAUUAAUGCUUUACUACAACAAUCGAAUAAAUGGAGAUUAAUACCAGAUACUUCGAUUUGUGGUAGUAAUAAUACUCCAAAUCCUUCUACAUAUUAUGGCGCUAUUCAUCUUACACGACUGUUUGUAAUACUACCCGAUUUGCUGCAAUCUGCUGAUAUUCCAAAUAAAAAAUUAAAACUUCUAAUGAAAUAUUUAGAUAUGUUCCUCAGUUACUUGGAGAUGCAUAGAGAGUGGUUCGGAGAACAAUUCUACAUGCAAAUAGAUAAUCAAUCGAUGAUACAAGCAAGCAGUUCAUGAUAUAGAUAAGCUCGAUAUAUAUAUUUUUUAGUAUGCAUUGACAUUAAUAUAAUAUAAUCUUAUGAGAUAUUAUAUAUCUGUAUAUUUGUAUAUAUAAUAUCAAAGCUUAUCAAUUCCAAAUAAAUAAUUUUUGUGAUAUAAUAUUUUUGUUAUGGUAUUAUAUGAUAGAAAUAUUAUAUGAAAAAAUGAGUAAUUAACCAAUUAAAGUUGUAAGAGAAUUUUUAUUGAUAUUAUAUGUAGCAUGUUUUUACUAUCACUGAGAUAUAAGAUAAAUAAUUAUAUAACUGCUGCUCAUGAUAAAUGAGUCAGUCUAAAUCCCA